AUGGUCGUCAGCAUUUUGAAUGCGCCCAUCGCCGCCGUGCCGCCGCUGCAGGAGCCGGAGCCGUCUGCGGCCCAGAAGAUAGUUGCCUUCAAGGAGGCGUUUUGGAAGUUCCUGCGCCCCCACACUAUCCGCGGCACCAUCCUGGGCAGCACCGCGGUCACCGCCAUCGCAGUGCUGGAAAACACGGCGCUGAUUGAUUGGGCGCUGCUCCCGCGCGCGAUGCUGGGCGUGCUGGCCCUGCUGUGCGGCAACGGAUACAUUGUGGGCAUCAACCAGAUUUACGACGUGGACAUUGACGCCGUCAACAAGCCCUUCCUGCCCGUGGCCGCCGGCGAGCUGUCCCCCGGCACCGCCUGGCUGCUGUGCCUGGCGCUGGCGGCGGGCGGCGUGGCCAUCACGGCCACCAACUUUGGCUCUCUCAUCACCGCCCUCUACUCCUUUGGCCUAUUCCUGGGCACCAUCUACUCGGUGCCGCCGCUGCGCCUCAAGCGCUUUGCCGUGGCAGCCUUCAUGAUCAUUGCUACAGUGCGCGGCUUCCUGCUCAACUUUGGGGUCUACCAUGCGGCGCGCGCCGCCCUGGGCCUGCCCUUUGCCUGGAACCCAUCCAUCACCUUCAUCACCUGCUUUGUCACACUGUUUGCUGUCGUCAUCGCCAUCACCAAGGACCUGCCGGACAUCGAGGGCGACAAGCAGUUUGGCAUCGAGACCUUUGCCACCCGCAUGGGCGUGCGGCGCAUCGCCUUCUUGGGCACUGGGCUGCUGCUGGCAAACUACAUGGUGGCGGUGGUGGCCGCGCUGCGCCUGCCUGCCGUGUUCAACCCGUGGACCAUGGGUGCGGCGCACGCGCUGCUGGGCGCGGUGCUGCUGUACAAGACCGUGAAGCUGGAUGCGGCCAAGUACAGCCAGCAGGGGAUCAAGGACUACUAUGCGGCCAUCUGGCUCAAUUUUUACUGCGAGUACCUGCUUUUGCCCUUCCUGGGCGUGCGCUGA